CGACAGGACGACACAGAGAGGAGUGGAUGAACCCUGAAGGGAGGAAUGCUCGCUGCAGGCCGUCACACGUUCCUCGUCUCAGAAAACAUCAGCAUGUAAAAAGAAAGAUCCAACAGGUUGUAAGUGCAGUGUGACAGAAAGACACGGAGUGCUGCUGAGAGGAGAUGAGAGGAUACAGAACCAUCAAGUACACCCUGUUCAUCUUCUGCUACUUCUUCUGGGUGGUGAGCGCCGUCCUCAUCGCGGUGGGGAUCUACGCCAAGAUCGCCAAAGAGAAACAUGUGGUGGACACUCUGACAGCAGAUCCCGCUCUGCUGUUGAUCGUCAUCGGCUCCAUGAUGUUCCUCAUCACGUUCCUCGGAUGUUUCGGGGCGCUGCGUAACGCCACCUGCCUGCUGAAGACGUUUCUGGGGACCCUAACGGCGAUCCUCGUGGUGCAGGUCGCUGCUGGAGUCGUGGGAUAUCUCUUCACUGACAUGGUGAUGGAGAGGACGGACAGGCUGAUGAUGAAUACCAUCGUCCGUUACAGAGAGGAUCCUGACCUGGAGAACGCCAUCGACUUCGUCCAGAAGAAGUUUCAGUGCUGUGGGGUGGAGAGUUACAAGGACUGGGGACAUAACAUCUACUUUGAGUGUUCGGACACUAACCCCAGUCUGGAGGCCUGCGGCGUUCCUUUCUCCUGCUGCGUCAGGCUGCAGAACCAGACGGUGCUGAACACCAUGUGUGGUUACGGCGUGCAGCAGCUGGACCGGAGCUCGGCGGCUGAGGCGGUUUCCACCGUCGGCUGCCUGGAGAAGAUCGCCUCGUGGACAAAGAACAACCUGCUGCUGGUCGCCGCUCUGACCGCCGGCCUGCUGCUGCUCGAGGUCGGGAUGAUGUGUCUGGCUGCGGCUCAGAUCUCCAGAAUUAAAAAAGUCCAACAACAGAGGAAAGACAACGUGUCCACAAGCAGAUCAGAACGAAAGGACAGCUACUGGUUUCCCGCUUUCGCAGAUUUCAAUGACGAAUGAAAACGAAUCAGAAGCGAAGAGAAAAAAAAAAGAAGAAAGUUUCUCCAGCAGGCGGUUUUUACUGGAUCAGAGAAAGAGAAGAGCUGAAACUGUCUCUGUUCACUCUGUAAGUCGAGUGUCAGAUUCAUCAAACUACCUCAUGAAACCUUUAUGCAUCACAUGAUCAAUCUUUACAUCAUGGUUGCGGGAUGCAGCGAGAGGCGGGGUUACACCCUGGACUGUUCACCAGCCAAUCACAGAGCUGACAUAUAGAGACAGACAACCAGCCACACUCACAUUCACACCUACAGACAAUUCAGAGUCAGCAGUUAACCUAACGAGCAUGUGUUUGGACUGUGGGAGGAAGACGGAGAACCAGGAGAGAACCCACACAUGGAGAACAUGCAGACUCCACACAGAGAGACUCCUGACAGACGGGGAUUCAAACCUCCACACAGAGAGACUCCUGACAAACGGGGAUUCAAACCUCCACACAGAGAGACUCCUGACAAACGGGGAUUCAAACCUCCUCACAGAGAGACUCCUGACAGACGGGGAUUCAAACCUCCACACAGAGAGACUCCUGACAGACGGGGAUUCAAACCUCCUCACAGAGAGACUCCUGACAGACGGGGAUUCAAACCUCCUCACAGAGAGACUCCUGACAGACGGGGAUUCAAACCUCCUCACAGAGAGACUCCUGACAGACGGGGAUUCAAACCUCCUCACAGAGAGGCUCCCGACAGACGGGGAUUCAAACCAGGAACCUCCUCACAGAGAGACUCCCGUCAAACAGGGAUUCAAACCAGGAACCUCCUCACAGAGAGACUCCUGAAGGACGGGGAUUCAAACCAGGAACCUCCUCACAGAGAGACUCCUGAAGGACGGGGAUUCAAACCAGAAACCUCUAACCACUGCUCCACCGUGCCGCUCUCAUCUCAUCUUAGUGAAAAUGUGUCUUUGUGAGCAGCUGAAUGUGAAACGUGAUUAAUGAGUGAACCAAAAAAGUAUUCUGUGAAAAGAUUUAUUUUAUUUUGAAAAUCUGAUUAAAAUGAACUUCUGUGUGAUUCUCUUGGUCACACACAUGUAAAGAUGUGUUCAUGUUUGUGUGAGUGUGAACGACAUUGUGCUGAGAGGAACGCUGCUCGCUCUUUUUUCUUUUCUUCCAUCACUUCAGAGAUCUCUCCUCAGAGAUCAGCGCCGGUCUGCAUGUCCUUCCUCCCGUCCGUCUGAGCUCCUGUGGGAGACGCUCUGACGGAUCUAAACGGCUCGUUCUCCUUCAGUCUUCAAACAAGCUUUUUAGAAAACGUGCUGACAGAAAUAGAUUCUGUGUUUCUGAUAUGUCUGAAGAAAAGAACAACUGUA